GAAGUUAGCGGGAGCGCGCCUGGUGUGCCCGCCCCCUCUCCCGGCGGUUCGCUCGGUGGAUGGCUGGCACGGUCCCCCGGGCUGUCAGUGCAGUGUGUCGGUGAAGAGAAGGAGGCAGGCGGUGCUGGGCUUUCCAUGCGGCGGAAGGAGAAGCGGCUGCUGCAGGCGUUGGGGCUGGGGCUGGCCGCCCUGCUCUUCCUGCCCAACGUGGGGCUCUGGGCUCUGUACAAGGAGAGGACCCUGGAGACCGGAGGGGCGCCGGGAGACGGACAGGUUCCGCUAAUAAGACAGAAGGAUGACGUUGUCAGUGACAAAGGAUCAGAAAGGAAGGACUGGCAUGACCAUGAGCAAAUUAGACAGGACCACGAUCGAAUAGGAAAUGGGGAGCAGGGAAAAGCUUUUCAGAUGACAGACGGCGAUCGCGUAGACCAGGCCUAUCGAGAGAAUGGAUUCAACAUCUAUGUCAGUGAUAAAAUUUCCCUCAACAGAUCCCUUCCAGAUAUCCGGCACAAUAACUGCAAGAGCAAGCUGUAUUCGGCCAAGCUGCCAAACACCAGCGUGAUCAUCCCCUUCCACAACGAGGGCUGGUCGUCCCUCCUGCGUACAGUACACAGCGUCCUCAACCGAUCUCCCCCUGAGCUGAUCGCAGAGAUUGUGCUCGUCGAUGACUUCAGUGAUAAAGAACAUCUAAAAAAACGUCUUGAAAGUUACAUGGUAAAUUUCCCAAAAGUAAGAAUACUCCGCACCAAGAAGAGAGAAGGUCUAAUUCGAACACGUAUGUUGGGAGCCUCUGCAGCCAUUGGAGAGGUCAUCACUUUCCUCGACUCACACUGUGAAGCCAAUGUAAACUGGCUUCCACCUCUGCUUGACCGUAUAGCUCAGAAUCGCAAGACGAUUGUGUGUCCCAUGAUUGAUGUCAUCGACCAUGACCACUUUGGAUAUGAGACUCAAGCUGGAGAUGCCAUGCGGGGGGCCUUUGACUGGGAGAUGUUUUACAAGCGAAUACCUAUCCCUCCCUUGAUGCAAAAUGGUGAUCCCAGCGAGCCUUUUGAGUCUCCAGUUAUGGCCGGUGGAUUAUUCGCUGUAGACAGAAAAUGGUUCUGGGAACUUGGAGGGUACGAUCCUGGGUUGGAGAUCUGGGGAGGAGAGCAGUAUGAGAUCUCAUUCAAGGUGUGGAUGUGUGGAGGCCGGAUGGAAGAUGCUCCAUGCUCUCGCGUGGGACAUAUUUACCGAAAAUAUGUGCCCUACAAGGUGCCCGCUGGUGUCAGCCUGGCAAGGAACCUAAAGAGAGUAGCUGAAGUGUGGAUGGAUGAAUAUGCAGAAUAUAUCUACCAACGACGCCCCGACUACCGGCAUCUCUCUCCCGGCGAUGUGACAUCUCAGAAGGAGUUGCGCAGCAGGUUAAACUGUCAGACCUUCAAGUGGUUCAUGACCAAAGUGGCUUGGGACUUGUCCAAGUAUUACCCCCCUGUUGAGCCUCCUGCUGCUGCUUGGGGAGAGAUUCGGAACAAGAAGACGGGCUUCUGUUUAGACAGUAAGCAUGCCUCUAUGGGCUCUGAACUACGACUGGAAACCUGUACCAAAGGGCGUAAGGCAGAUGCCUGGAACAGUGUGCAGGUAUUCACCCUGGGAUGGAGAGAAGACAUUCGUCCUGGAGAUCCACUGCACACCAAGAAAGUAUGCUUUGAUGCCAUAUCUCACACCAGUCCUGUCACACUCUUUGAUUGCCAUGGGAUGAGAGGGAACCAGCUUUGGAAAUACACAAAGGAUAAAACCAUCUAUCACCCCAUCAGUAACAGCUGUUUAGACUGCAACGAAUCAGACCGCAAGAUCUUCAUGAACAUUUGUAACCCAUCCUCCCAGACACAGCAAUGGACUUUUGAAAACACCAACUCUACAAUCUUAGAAAUCUUCAACAAAGAUCGGGGCUUAUAAUGAAUGAAAAGGAUAUACAUAUAUAAAUAGGAAUAUAUAUAUUUUAAAUCUAUAUUUUUUACUGAUGGGUGGGUGGGAGAUUUGUCCUUUCUGGCAAGAAUUUUUUUUUCCGUUCUCCAUUUGUGUGUAGGAUUAACGAAAAAAAAAAGGGAUAUUCUGAAUGCAGAAAUGCAGGUUGUGCUAUCUAUCCGUGAUGCUGUGAUUGAACAUAUUUAGACCAGAUUUAAAGAAGGAAAUUAUUGAAAGCCCAGCAGGUUCGGUGCUGGACCUGCUGGAUAGGAGUUCUCAUUGCCCUUGGGAGACUGACACAGAGGCCACAAACGGGAGCUCUCAUACGCAUACACCCAAAACUUGGCCUGUCACAGCCGUGCUGGGGGGAGAUCUCUCUGCUGUGAUUCUGCAGAGGGUCAAACCUUGCCCACCUUUAAAUAGAAGAAUCUAUUCCAGGUAUAGUUAUUGAAUGUUUUGGACUUGUGAUGAGUUUUUACUGUGGCACCAGAGUGCAUUCUGUCUGCUUUCUCUGCCUCUCUGGGUGUAGUGUGCUUUCUUCAAAGACAGUAGAUUUACCAGAUUGACUUUUGCCUAGGCAGGGAUAACAACACUGUUUUAGAUUUCAGGAGAGAGGGAGCAUUGUCGGCAGAUCAAACAAUGUUUUUCAGAUUAUUUUUUUUUAAAGACAAACCAUGGAAAAAUAGGCAUACAGUGAUUGGCAGAGAUGUGUUUAAUAUGUUUAUUUUGCCUAGAUAUACACUUUAAAGAGAAAGCAAAUGGCACGUUUGGUGAGGACAUGUUUGGACUUAUUAUUGCAGUGUUUACUGUAAAGCAGUGGUCUCCAAACUGCGGCCCGAGCACUAUCCCUCCCAAUGAUACGAGACACUAUUCUGCCAUCUGACACCGACAAUGGAGCACCACUGACACCACUAAUGGGGCACUAUUCCUCCCUAUGAUACCUGCAAUGGGGCAAUAUUACUCCCCCUAAUACUAGAUGUUUACUCCCACAGUUUUCACUCCGGCUGGCCAAAGUCCGGCCCUCCAAGAGUCUGAAGGACAAUAAACCGGCCCUUUGUUUAGAAUGUUUCGGGACCCCUGCUCUAAAGUAUCUGGCUGUGACUUUGACUUUUUAAUUAGCGUCCAUAUUAUUGUUAUGGUAUCAAAUAAUGAUUUUAAAGGAAUUUAGUAUGUCUCUAUUUCGACUGAAUGAUGGCUCCUUCAGAUUUGAAUGCACCUUAGAUGCAGUACUGAGAAUAUUGCCAGUUGACUAUUGCAUCUCUGGAGAAUGUGUUGGCACAUAGCAACGAAACGGCAUUCUCAGGGGUUGCAGACAACAUAUUUGUUUCCUGUACCUCAUCCCUUACCAAGUGGGGUGAGGUUGCUCUUCUUUAUAGGGAAUCUGUCCAAUCACUUCACACCUGGCUUUAGCUGAGGCUUCUGACCAGGGCUAACGGCUGACACUUUCCAAUUCCUAGAAUCAGAAAAGUCUGGCUUGUUGCGCUUAUGUGCAGCUACCUGCUCAGUGAUAUGCUUGCCCCCAGAUGCACAGUAUAUGGGCAAACUUUUGUAGACACCUGAUUAUCACACCUACUACGCAGCCUAAAGUAUGUGAACACCUCUUCAAUUACUAAGUUCUGUGUCUUCAGUGAAGGAACUACAGUACUAAUGUUACAGCAUACAAUAAAAAUAUGUUUUAGACAGUUUUAUGGUUCCAACCUUUUGCAAACAGUUUGGAGAAGCCCCUUUUCCGUUCCAGCAUGACUGUGCCAGGUCCAUUAAGACAUGAUUUGAUGUUGAUUAAGUUUCCCAUGGAGAAACUCUAUGGUCCUCACAGGGACCUGCCAUAAACCCUUCAGAGCGUUUUUGGGGUAAAUGGGAAUGCUGAUUGUGAGCCAGAUCUUUUCAUUCAACAUUAGUUCCUGACCUCAUAAAUGCUCUUUUGGUUAAAUAUGUACACGUUUUCCCACACAGCCUCCAAUGUCUUGUAAAAUUCCUUCCCAGAAAUAUGGAGAUACUAAUUCAUUAAUGGCCAAAAUUCGGAAAUGGGAUGCCCAACAUGCACACUUAGGUGUGAUAGAAAAUGAGCAGAACUUUGUCAUUUGACCAUUACACUGGUCCCAACAAAUUAUUGGGUAAUGCCUCCCUACACUAAACUGGAGUUUCUGCUGGAACAAAUAAAACUUGGUCUAGCAGGUCCAAGGGAACGGUUGAAACACAGCAUCACUGAAAUGGGCAAACCCGCAAAGCAUUAGUAGACAGCAAAUGCCGAAACUUGAAAUAUUUUCUAGUGCCUUGCUGGACAAGAGGACCAUGGGAGUUGGGUGGAGCCCGUUCAUUUUGUUUUUCAUCUUUACCUCUCAAUAACCAGGAGCCAUUUGUAUGAUUGAGUUUUACGAACCCUUGAAUGAGUGCUUUUAUUUUGCAUGUCCUUGCAAUGAAUUGCAGCUUACAAAUAAGUUGUUGAUGUUGAAAGAAGACUUUUUUAAGAUCUCUGAUGAGCUGGUAUUUUCAUCAGUUCAGAUAUUGUCUUUACAUGUAUAUUGGAGCUGCCACACUCAUAACAUUUACAGGGACGCUUUGUUGCUUAGGAACUACUAAACUUAAUAGCAAAGAGUUAGUUUAUGUAAGCUACUAGUAACAUGCACGAUUGGGAUACUUGAUGUUUUUGAAGCUUUGCUGUGCAGCAUUUGGCCUUUUGAGGCAAAAGGAAGCACCAUGUUUAGUGUGGUGUUUUUUUUCUAUGGGGUUACUGGACAGUCAGUCAAUCAUUUCCAUUUUGUAUCGCCAUCCACACAGUCAUCUAUGUUGUGAAAAUCCCCUGAGACUUAUAGCCAGUAUUUAACAUAAAACUGUACUAGGCUUAAAACAGCAAAGCAAUAAUGCAGCAGUAUUGCUCAAAUGCAGUACUUUGUGGUUCCUAUGUUACGCUGGCCUUACACUGGUCUAAUUUCAUCCGGUUCCUAAUGAACCAGUCGAAUGUUGAUCAGCGUCAUCUGUCAGAAUAUAAUAACUGCAGUGGAGAUUUGUGCACCCAGACUGUUUAGCAUAGAUGGAAAAAUAUAUAUAUGUGUAUGGCCAACUUGUCUUCAGUUCAGUUCCUGUGGAGCCCCCUUUGGGAGGAGCCUUACCCCUGUCAUUCAGCUGUCAAAUGCCAGGACUUCAGUGAGCUGUAGAGACUCUGACAUUUGGACAGAGAAGGGGCAGGUCUAAUCUUGAAUUGGACAGUCAAGGCCAUCUGUACAGGCUGUAUACAAAGAGACUGAUUUGAAGCCUAACACCAGUUAUCUGCAUUUCAGCACAUCUGUUAAGCUCCAUUCACACGAGCACUGGGGUCAGUAGACGGUUCGAUGCAGGCCGCCCAUGUAUGUGUAUAGGAACAGAGCAGCUACACAUCCACGGCCACGCUUCCUAAUUUGGUGUAUGGGUGCAAGUGAGCUCCGCACCUAUAUCAAAUUAGGACAAGUGGCUGUGUCUGUAAAGUUGCUGCUUCCCCAUGCACUAACAUGAGCUGCCUGAACGCAGCACCUGGCGGCUGAAGUCCCAAUAAAAAUGUUCCAUUCACAGCCUAAGGGACCCAUCGCCCAUGUGAAUGAGGCCUUGCUUUAGAAUAGUUUUAUGUUUAAGUAACACGCUUAGCAUUUUUGGUGACACAUAACUGAUAAGGACGAGCCCUGGCGUGUUCGCACACCCCACGUGCAGAUCCCGCCAGGAAGUCGUCACUGCGCUGCGCUAAUCACAGGCAGUGAGACAUUUACCAGUCUCUACCGCCGCGCAUCGGAACAAUGUCUCACUGCCUGUGAUUAGUGCAGUGCCGACUUCCUUGCAGGCUCUGCACGUGGGGUGUGUGAACACGCUGGAGCUCAUCCUUAAUAACUGACAGUUCUGCAUGUUUGUUGACUGAGCCAUCCGGCUAUAUUACUCUUGGGCCAGUGGAGCAAUUACAAAAAGACUACAAGAUCAUUGUAAAGCUAGAUUUCUACCAACCUAAUCCAUAACUGAAUGGACACAGGAGCCAGCACAGUUACAGCAUAGUUUGUAAUAUUACUUAAAGCGGAGUUCCAGUCCCCCCAAAAACAAAAUUUUAACGACUGCUCUGUAAUUGUCAAAACAUGUAAAUUAACAUUUCUAACAUGGCAUAUUUUAUUGCGCUUUUACUUUCUUAAAAAAUAGUCUUUUACUCACAGGUCUCGGAAGCAGGCAGGUUCCAUUUUGGCUGUGGGCAUCUGAAGCCGUUCUGUGUUAAUUUCCCGGACUUUUGUGCAUGCGCAGUAAUGCCUCAGCGGUUGCUAUAGCAAUGUCGGCGUCAGUCUGUUGUAGUGGGCAUUCCUCCCAACUUUUGGAAGAUAAAUCACUCCUUUCCUCAGUUUAAGCUGGUUCUUCAGUUAGAGUGGGAGUCUUCAAAGGAGUUUUUAUUCAGUUCGGGAUAUGGAGGGUGAGAUUCCCCAAUAGAUUCAUGUAACAUACGGAGGGAGCUGGAUCUUCUAUAGGACUAGAGACGUUUGAGAAGCGUUGCUGAUAGUUGUUAAGCCGGGGGGAAGGGGGGGUGGGUGCUGCCGCCGCCAAACAGGUAAAAAAGUUGUUAAGCGGGCUGCUGCUGUCGCUGAACAAGCACUUGUACGCCGCCGCCUCGGACCUCCUCUUCCACCGCUAUUGGAAGGUAUGGUAGCGGGUGCUGUCAAGUCGUCACCUCCCUUCUGCUGUCAGAAUGUUUCCUACCACUCGCCUCCCUUUCUCCUGUCAUUCGCCAUCUCACCCCUUCGCGUCUCUGCAAAUAACGCGAGAUCUCGGCAGUAGGAGAUAUCCCAGAAACCCUUGCAAAUCGCCGAUGCGAAGAAAUAAAAGAAAAAAGGUAUUUCUAGGCAGAAAAAAAAUUAAAUAAAUGCCAAUGUGAAAAGGAUUAGCUAAGGAGAUUGAAUAUAGAGACCGUUUAGAAAAUGGGUGGAACUCCGCUUUAAGUAUAUCAAGUAUAUACUACCCAAGUUAUAUUCCUGCAUAAUAUGCUUAUCUGUUGAGGUCUGAAACCAUGUUUCCACAUAACCUUUUACCUACCUCUUAAUCCUGGAGACUGCAGCACAAUGCAUAGUGUAUAUAUACACUGCUGUCCUUUAAAUGGUAAUAUAUGGAUGUUGAUUUCUAAACUGCACAGGGUUACAAAAGAGCCCAAGCAUCCAAGAACAGCCAAUUAUGAUCUAACCUGGAAUAAAUGUAAUAGGAUGCUUUCAAUUGGCUAGGUAAGCAUAUGGCAAGGCAAGUAUAAGCCGCAGUGGGGGCAGGCUUUAAGUUAAAACUGCUGCUUUGCCCUGCAUAGGUAACUUAUAUCUAUUUUUCUGUUUUGGAUAGAGCAGGCAAGAUUGGAACCUUUUUGGGUUUUCUUUUUAUAAUAGUCUGUGUGCUGGCUGGGGAGAUUUAUCCCCUCGAUUUGUCCUGGUAAAAUGUCAGUGGGGAUAAAUUAUGAGAAGAUGCUGCCACUAUAAAAAGAAUAGAGGGAAAAUCAUCAAGCACGAAGCCAUAUUUAUGGAGGACUUGUCUUUAGGAGACUGGAAUCAUGGACCCUACAUUUUCUCCAUUUGUAUAUGUGGGUGGUACAGUGUCCUGGAUUAGCCACAAAGAUCAGACAAAGGGGUGCGCUAAAAAACAAUGAGUGAAACCUCAGAAUUUGGUUUAUGAAAUGUCAUAUGACAUGUUAAACUUUGUUACGCAUUGCAAAUCUAUCAGAUUUCAGGUUAGAAAGAACAAAAGCAAAUGUGAUUGGUAGAUGCAAGCAACACAUCCUUUACUUUCCCGUGCAUCUCUCAAGUUAGAGUUUUCAUCUUGAGAUGUCAAGGCUCCCCUUCUUAUUUUACAUGUCUGUAAGUAGAACAGCACCUCUACCUGUACAAAUUUGGCAUCUGCAGAAUCCGAGAUUUCUGUACUGAAUAGUUUCCAAAACUGAUACUUUAGAUUUCCAUUUCUUAACCAUACAUUCUUUUGCUACUUCUAUCUGUAUAGACUUUUGUAAGUGACAGACAUAUCUUCAUUGGAACAGCUGAAAAGUAGGCCAUGUAUAGCCAACAAAACUUCUAUUGUUGAACUUUUUGAACUAUGUUAACCAUCCUAUUGGUAACUGUGACUCAAUGAAGAAUGAUUAAAAAAACAGUCCACCCAGGUUUCAGUAGAAGCUUUUCUCCUGCUGCUGACAAAUGGUAAUAACUUGCGGAUUUUCAGGCUAGGAGUCAAACCCAUGAAUGCAAUGAAUGCAAGCACGCCAGGAAGCCGUUGGCUGUACAGGAUAAUAAUAAUAAUCUCUGGCUAAAGCUUUUCCCUAACUGUUGUUUAGGUACAGCUGUUGGGUGGGGAAUGCCCCAACCACAGAUAAUUGGCUGGUACAGGUGACAGCUACCUGGUGGGCUCACAUAAGUCAAUUUAAA